CCCCGGGCCCGAUGGACGCCUCUGCCCCGCAGCCCCCCGCGGAACCCCGCAAAGACAGGUGGUGUCCAGGAGAAAGAUGUCUUGCUCCUUCUUUGGAUAAUAAAAACCUUUGUGAAGCAAGCAUAAAGUCUAUUACUGUGGAUGAAAAUGGAAAGCCAUUUGCAGUUGUCCUCUAUUCAGAUUUUCAAGAAAAGAAGAUACCUCUUCAAAGACUUCAAGAAGUAAAAUCAACUAAAGAUUGCUCCAGAAGUUUUAUAUUUGAUGAUGAAGAUUUAGAAAAACCUUAUUUCCCAGAUCAAAAAAUUCCAUCAUUGGCUAAUGCUUUUAAAUUAUCUGAAGAUGGAGACUCCAUUCCGUACACUAUUAAUAGGUACCUGCGAGAUUACCAAAGGGAGGGAGCUCAGUUCCUCUACAGACACUACAUCCAGGGAAGAGGGUGUAUUCUUGGUGAUGACAUGGGGCUUGGAAAAACAAUACAGAUUAUUUCGUUUCUGGCUGCAGUUUUGCAUAAAAAGGGAACUCGUGAGGAUAUUGAAAAUAACAUGCCAGCAUUUUUAUUAAAAAGUAUGAGAAAGGAACCCUCUUCUGCAGCCAAAAAGAUGUUCUUAAUAGUUGCUCCUCUUUCUGUCCUCUACAACUGGAAGGAUGAACUGGAUACCUGGGGAUAUUUCAGAGUCACUGUUUUGCAUGGUAGCAAAAAAGACAACGAACUGAUUCGUUUAAAGCAGGGGAAAUGUGAAAUUGCUCUAACAACCUAUGAAACACUGCGCUUGUGUCUGGAGGAGCUUAACAGUUUGGAGUGGUCAGCUGUUAUUGUCGAUGAAGCACAUAGGAUCAAGAAUCCAAAAGCACGAGUUACCGAAGUCAUGAAGGCUAUAAGGUGUAAGGUCCGCAUUGGCCUCACUGGUACCAUCCUUCAGAACAACAUGAAGGAGCUGUGGUGCGUUAUGGACUGGGCUGUGCCAGGACUUUUAGGUAGCAGGAUCUACUUCAAGAAACAGUUUUCUGACCCAGUGGAACAUGGCCAGAGACACACAGCAACAAAAAGAGAGCUUGCUACUGGACGUAAAGCCAUGCACAGGCUUGCAAAAAAGAUGUCUGGCUGGUUUCUCAGGCGUACCAAGACUCUUAUCAAGGGCCAGCUGCCUAAGAAAGAAGACCGGAUGGUGUAUUGCUCUUUGACUGACUUCCAGAAAGCUGUUUAUCAAACAGUGUUAGAAGCAGAAGAUGUGGCUUUGAUCCUUACAUCCUCUCAGCCUUGUACCUGUGGCAGUGGCCGCAAAAGGAGAAACUGCUGUUACAAGACCAAUCUGCAGGGUGACACAGUGAGAACCUUGUGUUUUAGUUACUUGACUGUGCUUCAGAAAGUAGCUAACCAUGUUGCACUGCUGCAGGCUGCUAGUACCUCCAAACAGGAAACACUUAUUAAGAGGAUAUGUGAUCAGGUAUUUUCCAGAUUCCCAGAUUUUGUGAAGAAAAGCAAAGAUGCAGCCUUUGAAACACUUUCUGACCCUAAAUAUAGUGGAAAAAUGAAGGUCCUCCAGCAGCUUUUGAAUCAUUUUAGGAAACACAGAGAUAAGGUUCUUCUCUUCUCCUUUUCCACCAAGCUACUGGAUGUGCUGCAGCAGUACUGUAUGGCUUCUGGCCUUGACUACCGGAGACUUGAUGGAAGCACAAAAUCAGAGGAAAGACUCAAGAUUGUGAAAGAGUUCAACACUACACAAGAUGUGAACAUUUGUCUUGUCUCCACAAUGGCUGGUGGACUAGGCCUCAAUUUUGUUGGUGCCAAUGUUGUUAUAUUAUUUGAUCCAACUUGGAAUCCAGCCAAUGACCUUCAAGCCAUUGACAGAGCAUAUAGGAUUGGGCAAUGCAGAGAUGUGAAAGUACUUAGGCUGAUAUCCUUGGGGACUGUGGAGGAGAUCAUGUACUUACGACAGGUCUACAAGCAGCAACUUCACUGUGUGGUGGUUGGAAGUGAAAAUGCCAAGCGCUACUUUGAAGCAGUACAAGGAUCGAAGGGACACCGAGGAGAGCUCUUUGGGGUCCACAACCUCUUCAAACUAAGGUCCCAAGGGUCAUGUCUUACGAGAGACAUCCUGGAGAGAGAAGGUCAAGUGGAAGCUGGCAUCAUGACAGCCACAACAUGGUUGAAAAGGGAACCUUCAGCGCAGGAGGUAGAAACAGCCAGAGACCCUGAGUAUCAAGAACCCACAGACGUUUGUGAGCCCUACAGUGACUUCAGUGAUGAUGAGUCAGUGGGCCGUUCCAUGGGGAAGACUGCCAAAAUCAAAGCCUUGGACUCCAAUAAAACUCCAGGCUCCUCAGCACAGCUCACUUUGCUACAGUGUGGGUUCUCUAAAUUGUUUGAGGCAAAUUGUAAGUCAGUCCAGGAUGGCGAUGGAAGCACUACCUCCAGUGAUGAAAGUUCUGAUGAGCAGCCCACAUGCCUUUCAGCAGAAGUCAGACAGCCUGCUUGUCAGAAGACUCGGGACUCCAUUUGUACUUCAGAACACCAGAAAUCAGAUAACAUCCAAAACCCAAUUGAAAAAUGUGUUUUUGAUAAAAGCAAGAAGACUUUAAAACAGAACGCUUCUUCUCAGUCUGAUGAUGAGAGAAAGUGUCACAGUACAGCUGGACACCAUUGCACAGGACAGGGUGACACAGAGUCAGAAGACAGUGAUGUCAUCUUCCCCACACAGUAUCCAGCUCAGAGAGUCCCUAAUAACCGUUUACGCUUUAAGCUGCUAUUAGGUGGAUCUGAAGAUUCUGAAACAGAUAACCCUGUGAAAAUAAGUUGUAGUGAUGGACCAAGUUCAAAACCCUUGAGUCUUGAGAAUAUGACUUUGAAAUCUGUUAGGAAAAGAAAAGAUACGGAUGAUAUUAGUGAUGAAUCUGAUGACAUUGAUAUGUUCCCCAAGUCAAGAAUAAAAGAGCAAAGAGCUACUACUUCCUUGAAAUUUAAGAGAAAAAAGAAAAACAAAAGGGAACGUUAUAAUUCUGUAACAGCAAAGGAAGCAAAACGAGUGUGUGCUACAGAUGGAGAAUGUUGCUCUCAGGUUAUUGAUGAAUUCUCAUCCUCAGAUGACAAUUUAUCUGUCAGCCACUUGAGUUUCUCUAAACUAAGUCACAGAGAAGAAACUGUGAAAGAUAAAACCAGUCUGUUCCCUGAGCUGCCCUGCCAGGAUAAGAAAAAUAGCACUUUUACACCAAGAAAACCAGCAAGCUUUUUAAAUGAAAGAGUUGUCAGUCAAGAACAGAUGAGCAACUCAGUGGACAAAAUAUUAGAUGGUGUUCAGGAAGUGGCGUAUAUCCAUUCAAAUCAGAAUGUGAUUGGAUCAAGCAGAGCCGAAAACCACAUGAGCCGAUGGGCAACACGUGAUGUAUUUGAGUUGAAGCAGUUUUCCCAGCUCCCUGCUAAUUUAGCUGUUUGCAGUUCUAAGACAUACAAAAGUAAGGUGAAUGGAGACACAGUGACACCUAUAGAGAAAGAUGAGCCACCAAGUGAUGGAUGCAUUUCCUCUCCUCUGUAUGUAUCUCACCCUGUAAGCCAGAAAAAGAAAGGUGUCUUCCGUAUUAAUCAUACUACCUUCAUCAUUGGAGAAACACCAAAAGAAAUCCGCAGAAAGCAGUUUGAAGAAAUGGCCUCUUACUACAAGCUGUCUGUAAAGAAGUUUGCUAAACAAGUAGCUGGUACCACGUCUGAAGAGCGACAGAGAAUGCUCAGGAAUUUCUACUGUCUUCAACACCCAGAGGUAAAGGACUUCUUUAUGGAUUCUGCUUCAGAGUUGAUCAGAUCUGUCCGUAAGGAAGAAGAGAGGGUCAGGAACAAGCCUAAACAAAAAGAAUCUCUUUUAAAAGAAUGUCCCUCAAAUGAUAAAACUUUAUCCUGUGACAAUGAUCCCACCAACAAAAUUUCUCAAGUUUACAACCCAAAAAUAUGUGAAGGAAAAUCAAGCAGAUUUCACAAUCAUGGUUCCCUUAAAGAAGAGACAUUUUCCAGUGAUGUAAAAAUUAAGAAGUCCUCUGUCAGUUUUACUCAGGAGGUUGACACUCCCAAGAACACUGUGACACUCUUCUGUGCAAACAGCAUGUCUAAAGCCCUGGAGGCAGAGCUAGGAAACUCCCCAGAACACAGGCAGGACCGCACAGGGGCAUGCAGUUCAAGAAGCAGGGUGGAAAACCCAGUGUCAGGAGACACUGCUGUGGAAGGCUUACUUGGUGACACGUCUAUUCUUAAUGACCUCUUUAAAAGCCACGGGGAAGGUCCCACACAGCUGCCAAAGAAUGUUCUUUCAGGACCUGUGGCAAAAGCAAAGCAGAGACCAAAAGAUUUCUGGGACAUCUUGAAUGAGCAGAAUGAUGACAGUCUCAGUAAACUUACCGACUUGGCAGUGAUUGAGACGCUGUGUACAAAAGCACCCCGCACCGCAGCCUCCAGGAGCAAAGAUGAGCUGCAAGCUUCCCUUUGGAAAGCAAACGAGAAAUUUCUAUGGAAGACAUUUAGCUCAAAUGUUGGUGAUGAAAGCAUAACCAAUACAGAAACAGAGUAGUACAUGGGCGUGUGGUUGCAUUAGUGUGUUGGUGAGCUGCUGGCCCUGGUUAUGGUGCUAUAUGGUGCUAUACAUAAGCAUGGCAAGCUGCUGUUGGCCGACACUUCAGUGUUAUAUUUACAGCCUAAAGUGUUAGUGUGGGUUGUCUCCCUUACUCUCUGUGUUAAUCACUGACACCCAGUCUACAAAGUGCUGGAGUCAGACCCAGGGCUCCAUGUGACCAGCAGUCACUCUGGCCUACUGAUUUGAUCCUCCUGCCCCUGAUUUGAUCUUUGGAACAAAUAGAACUGUAUCAUGAACCCUAUUGUUAAAUGAAGCCCUGACCAUCAUCCCUCCUGUGUGAUUCUGUGGCCUGUGUGUGUCCAUAUGAGAGAUCACAGAAGUGAGCCAGAUCAGCCCAUAGCCUUCUACUUUCUCCAGAACACCCCAAAUCAAGUGGCAGCCACUGCACUGGCUCACUGG